AUGGUUAAUAAUUCACAGCAUCCUUACAUCAAAGAUGGAUGGUUUAGAGAGAUUAAUGAUAAAAGUUUUCCGGGCCAGGCCUUUACUAUGACCGUGGACUCAAUACUUUAUGAAGCCCGCAGUGAAUUUCAGGACAUCUUAAUCUUCCGUAACAAGGUAUACGGUACUGUUUUGGUCCUCGAUGGUAUUGUCCAAUGUACGGAAUUUGAUGAGUUUGCCUAUCAAGAGAUGAUCACCCACAUUGCCAUGUUUGCGCAUUCUAAUCCCAAGCGUGUACUUAUCAUUGGCGGUGGGGACGGAGGUGUCUUAAGGGAAGUAGCCAAGCACAGCUGUGUAGAAGAUAUCACUAUGGUAGAAAUUGACUCAUCAGUGAUCGAAUUAUCCCGUAAGUUCUUGCCCACAUUGAGUAAUGGUGCUUUCGAUGACGAAAGGUUGGACUUGAAACUUUGCGAUGGCUUCAAGUUCUUACAAGAUAUAGGUGCUUCCGACGUCCAUAAGAAAUUUGACGUCAUUAUUACAGAUAGUUCUGAUCCUGAAGGUCCAGCUGAAGCGUUUUUUCAAGAGAGGUAUUUCGAACUAUUGAAAGAUGCUUUAAAUCCUAAUGGCGUUGUUAUUAUGCAAAGCUCUGAAAAUUUUUGGUUAAAUUUAAAAUACUUACAUGAUUUGAAAAAUACAGCCAAAAAGGUAUUUCCUAAUACAGAAUAUUGCUAUACCAUGGUUCCAACCUAUACAUCUGGCCAAUUAGGUUUAAUUGUUUGCAGUAAUAACGCCAAUAUACCGUUGAACAUUCCGCAAAGAAAGAUAUCUGAGCAAGAACAAGGGAAGCUGAAGUACUAUAAUCCUCAAAUACAUUCUAGUGCGUUUGUUUUGCCUACUUGGGCAGACAAGGUCAUUAAUGAAUGA